CAAAAGGGAUCCGGAAGUCCUAAAGGGGAGAAAAGAACGCGCGGAGACAGCUUCUAUGGUUUAGCACUGUGGGACGAUGAUGACGUUGAACAGUUGGCAGUCCAAUUCUUGGCGAAUGAACGUGAACAUUCAGCUCAGUUGGAAGCGGUCAUCGAACGACACCUGGAACAAUUGCGCCUUGAAGUUCCAUCUUGA